AUGGCUGGUAGUAUUUUAAUGGCGUUUAUCACUUUUGCAUAUGCACCUGGAAUGUUUCUUGGAAUGUUGGCUUCGACUGAAUCUGCAUCUGUCGUUCAAGUAACGUCUUCAAACGAGUUCUACUCUGAAGCUCCCUGCGAACUUCAUCCCUUGUCUGCUUACAAAGACAUCCAUGGAAACCUUUGGGGCAUUGGAGAUGGAAAUUUAUGGUGGUUCAACUCUACCAAUUUAUCGUGGUCUCUUUUGCCAUUACCAAAUGGUUCUGCAUCUUCUGAACCAUGGAGGGUGGCUUGUGCUGACCCUCGUCAUUACGUGGCCAUUGUUGGAAAGAACGCAACCUUGGUUCUACAUUUACCAUGGCAACACUGGCAGUUAGCUGAUACAGACGAUGUCAGCUUGGGUUACGUUGAUAAAGAUGCCACCUGGUGCGUAUUUGGGUUUUUAUUUGGAGUUGACCCAUUAAGGGAAACUCUCUAUCUUCUUGAUCCAACAGAAGCUCACUGGACUGUUAGGGAAGAUCUUCCAAUACAGGACAACGUAAAUUGGUCAACUCCUUAUGGUAUCGUCAAUACUUGGGUAGGUUAUGACGGGGAAUUGAUUUUGGUCGAAAGAUUUGGUGACUACAGGAGAGUUAUGUACACCAAUUCUUCAGGAAUACAUUGGGUGACGUUAAGCGAAGCUACGUCUAACAAUUUAUGGCCCGAUCUAGACAAGGAAGGACGAUCACUCUCCUGGUAUCUUGGCGGUGAAAAGAUGUGGCUAUGGAAAAAUAACUCUGGCAAAAACGAGUUGUGGUCUUUUAAUUACAACACUACACUUUGGGAAGAAGGCGACAAAAGGUUUGUGGAAAAAUUGCCAUCAUUUGAUAGUGUAUUGACAGCUUGGGAAGAUGACGACAGCUACUGUAUUCUGAAAAGAAGUUCCGAGUGCACAGCUCAAUAUAGUAUCAGCCACGUAGAAUGCUGGUCUGAAGAUGAUAUGGUAGCUCACGAAAGACGAACUCACGCUCCAAAUAUUCAGGAACGUGUAUUGACAGAUUUUGUUACAGGACCUAUGACUGAAGUUGAAAAUGACGUACCACAUCCAAACUAUACAUCUACAUCUCAUUCAAUACUCGCUCCAAUGACAACUAAAGAAAUUCCGCCAUCACCAAUCAACAUUAAUUCAGUAAAAUUUAAGUACGAAGGGGGGCCACUGGUAGUCCCUGUUAGUGGAAUUGGGAAGGUACCGAUUCGGUCCACCGAAUCGAUAACACUUGUAGGACCAGGAAAGUCUCAAGUUUCUGUUUCUGUGUAUCCAGCUCGUGAUUGGGCGUGGCAUCAACACACCAGCGUUUUUGGUUCAGUUAUAUUUUUCGGUACUUCACUCACCAUAUUUGGACUCGUUGGAUUCUUUUGGUGCGUUAGAAAAUGUGUGCAUUUUCCAAAAGAAGCACUUUUGCUAAGAGAUCCCCCUUCAGUGCGUUAUACAGCGAUUCCAGAUUCUUUAGGUUACGAUUCUCGCAAACCGGUUCCGGCAACUUAUACCGUCAUUCCCGAUUCUAUUGCUUAA